UCACCUCUUGUUCCUCGGAUCCAAGAUGACGUAUCUCGUGGUUGUUCUGCUGCUGUUGGCGUGUUCAGUCCCACUUUCCUCCUCGAGGCAGGUAGGUGAUGAUGACAUCCAAGAGUUGUACGGAGUAGCCAGCAGCUAUUCGCAGUGCUCCAACACCUACUGGAGAAGACUUCGAUCUGCUAGUGGUAUUGUUCUGGUUGUGAGAAGCGGAUGCCUGAAGGAUCAGAACACUUUCCGGGCAUCACUGAAGACGAUUCAAUGUUCUGACAUAACGGCUGCUGUUUCUAAGUUCUGUACUGGACGAUUCACCAGGUAUUGGUCUACAAAAUUGGUAUGUCGGUUUGCCAGAAAAGUCAAUAAGCGCUGUGAGGCAAGCGAUGACAGAAGCCCCUUGUGCAAACAGGCAAUGUCUCGAAUGCCUCAAAAAUGGGCUAGUUUAACGUGUAAAGGAUACGAAAGGUAUUGCAAAAGCUCCAGUUACCUCCGCAGAUACUACAUUAGAUUUAUGUGUAAACUGGCUGAAAACUUCUAUUCUAACUGCUGUCAAGUCGAUCCAGUGACAGAGCCAAUCUCAACAACACCUGCAACAACGGCAACAACCGACGUCCCUACAACUGAGCCGCCUACAACUGAGCCGACCACUACGAUUACAACCGACGUCCCUACAACCGAGGUCCCAACAACUGAGCCGACCACUACGGUGACAACCGAAGUCUCUACAACCGAGUCGACCACAGUCCCAACGACCACAGUCCCAACGACCACAACAACUGAAACAACUCUCCCCGAAGUUGCGGACAAAACUUUCUUAACCGCUUGUACGCAACGAUGUGUGCGCAACGACCUAGUGGGUUCACUGUGUGAUACUGGAACGCUGGUCGAGGAAUGUGACAAUCUUCUUGUUGCAGAGUAUGUGGGCUCGUAUACCUGCUGUUCAGGUUAAUACAGGGGGGCGUCUCCACAUUUGCACCGGAUGCUGAACUCCAUCUUAAUUCCAUAAAAAUAAACUGAUAUUGCAGCAAAA